AGAGGUCUUCUUUAGCCAUCCUAUCCAGCCAGAGGCCUCGUCCACAAAAUCUUUUUCAUCACUCUGUGUGUUUCCUGCAAAGCUUUACCACACCUGUCAUUACCUUGUUUGUUUGCUUCAGCCCGUCUAUUCCACUAAGUCGGCCGCUCAGGCUGCGGCUUCUCCCGGGGCCAGUUCCCGCUGUCUCAGCCGCGGCGCAGAGGGCAAUCGGCCUGACCGACUAGCCGGCUGCCAGUGCCGGGAGCCGCCGCGUCCAUCCCCGCCCGCCUGGCCGGGGACCCAGGACUGAGUCGUCCAGCUGCGCCCCUCGCCCAUAGCCCCAGCGGGCGCCGGGCAGGCGAGCUGCUCUUCGGCCGUUCCCGGACAGCGACGCAGUCACAGCGCGCGCCCUAACACAGAUGUGGGAAGAUAAAUGAAGGGGUCUAGAAGUAAAUGUCAGUGGAAAGGAGAGCCACCAUCACUAAGCGCUAAAAACACAGUUAAAUCACUUUCAAAGUUAAGAGAUUAUUAAGAACACAAGAUGGGGACUCCUGGUUCUGGAAGGAAAAGAACACCUGUGAAAGACCGAUUUUCUGCAGAAGAUGAAGCUUUGAGUAACAUUGCUAGAGAGGCAGAGGCAAGGCUGGCAGCAAAACGGGCCGCCCGGGCAGAAGCAAGAGAUAUACGCAUGAGAGAACUGGAACGGCAACAAAAAGAGUACUCUCAUCAUUCCUUUGAUCGGAAAUGGGGACAGAUUCAGAAGUGGCUGGAAGAUUCGGAAAGGGCCAGGUAUUCCCACCGGUCCAGUCACCAUCGUCCUUAUCUGGGAGUUGAGGAUGCAUUGUCCAUUCGAAGUCUUGGCAGUCACAGGCAUGAUGUGUUCAAGGAUAGAUCAUCAAGACUUUCAUCAUUAAAUCAUUCUUACAGUCACUCUCAUGGAAUGAAGAAGAGGUCUUCUGGUUCUCAUAAAUACCUACUGAGUGGCCUCUACUUUGACCAGAGAAACUAUAGCAGUCUUAGACAUAGCAAACCCACCUCUGCCUACUACACUCGGCAGUCUUCUUCCCUGUACAGUGACCCUCUGGCAACAUAUAAGAGUGACAGGGCCUCUCCUACUGCAAAUUCUGGUCUGCUGAGAAGUGCCAGUCUGGCAUCAUUGUACAAUGGUGGAUUAUAUAACCCUUAUGGUUCUCGAACUCCAUCUGAAUGCAGUUAUUACUCAUCAAGAAUAAGUUCAGCUCGAAGCAGUCCAGUGUUUACCAACGAUGACACCGCAAGGAUUGUGUCUUCUGAUCGUGCCAGUCGUGGACGAAGGGAGAGUGUGGUAUCUGCCGCUGAUUAUUUCAGUCGCUCCAAUCGUAGGGGAAGUGUUGUCUCCGAGGUGGAUGACAUCAGUAUCCCAGAUUUGUCCAGCUUGGAUGAAAAAUCUGAUAAACAGUAUGCUGAAAAUUAUACAAGACCUUCAUCUCGAAAUUCUGCCUCAGCGACAACCCCUCUAAGUGGAAACUCAUCCAGACGAGGAAGUGGGGACACCAGCAGCUUAAUAGAUCCAGACACUUCAUUAAGUGAAUUGCGGGAUAUCUAUGACCUUAAGGACCAGAUACAGGAUGUAGAAGGGAGAUACAUGCAGGGGCUUAAAGAACUAAAGGAAUCUUUGUCUGAAGUGGAAGAAAAAUACAAGAAAGCCAUGGUUUCCAAUGCACAGUUAGACAAUGAGAAGAACAAUUUGAUCUACCAAGUAGACACACUCAAGGAUGUUAUUGAAGAGCAGGAGGAACAGAUGGCAGAAUUUUAUAGAGAAAAUGAAGAAAAAUCAAAGGAGUUAGAAAGGCAGAAACAUAUGUGUAGUGUGCUGCAGCAUAAAAUGGAAGAACUUAAGGAAGGCCUGCGGCAAAGAGAUGAGCUUAUUGAGGAGAAGCAGCGCAUGCAGCAGAAAAUAGACACCAUGACAAAAGAGGUGUUUGACCUCCAGGAGACACUUCUUUGGAAAGAUAAAAAAAUUGGGGCCCUAGAGAAACAGAAAGAAUACAUUGCCUGCCUUAGGAAUGAGAGAGAUAUGCUCAGAGAGGAGCUGGCUGACCUGCAGGAGACAGUGAAGACGGAAGAGAAACAUGGCUUAGUUAUAAUCCCCGAUGGCACUCCCAAUGGUGAUGUCAGUCAUGAACCAGUGGCUGGAGCCAUCACUGUUGUGUCUCAGGAAGCUGCUCAGGUCUUGGAGUCAGCAGGAGAAGGGCCAUUAGAUGUAAGGCUACGAAAACUUGCUGGAGAGAAGGAAGAACUGCUGUCACAGAUUAGAAAACUGAAGCUUCAGUUAGAGGAGGAACGACAGAAAUGCUCCAGGAAUGAUGGCACAGUGGGUGAGCUGGCAGGACUGCAGAAUGGCUCAGACUUGCAGUUCAUCGAAAUGCAGAGAGAUGCCAAUAGACAAAUUAGCGAAUACAAAUUUAAGCUUUCAAAAGCAGAACAGGAUAUAACUACCUUGGAGCAAAGUAUUAGCCGGCUUGAGGGACAGGUUCUGAGAUAUAAAACUGCUGCUGAGAAUGCUGAGAAAGUUGAAGAUGAACUGAAAGCAGAAAAACGGAAGCUACAACGAGAGUUACGAACAGCACUGGACAAGAUUGAGGAGAUGGAGAUGACCAACAGCCACCUGGCCAAGCGGCUGGAGAAGAUGAAGGCCAAUAGGACAGCACUUCUGGCCCAGCAGUAGGAAAGCUACCCUUCAACCUGGGUGAUGCUCCCUGGGGCCCUACCUAGAGGGACUGACUUUUGUCCAUUGACACAAACCCCUUUUAGUACUGUUUUGAGUUUUGUCAUUAAAACAGCCACCUUUGUAUUUUAUAAUUUAUGAGAGAAUGAAGUCGUUUUGAAUCUUCAUGAAUGAACACUUUGGUUUCUGUUAUAGUUUGAUUCUAGGCUAGAAUCAGUCCAUGCUGUUUUUAUUUUUUAUCUCCGUAAUUGUAGAAUCAUGUUUACUCAACAUUUUUCCCCAGCUGCCUCAGUAACUGGGCACUCGGAGGCCUUGGCACGGGUUCUGGAGGACAGACAGCAAUUCUAUGAGUGCUCACUGAGAUACUUGCUGGAGACCUCAGAAAACACAAGUGCCUUCUCCACGGUGCAAUUCAGACUUCAGUGAUCUCCAGUGGUCAAAAGACAUUUACCCUUAAUAUCAGACAACAUUUAUAUUUUAGUGAAGAAACAAGUUCUUGGGUGGGGAAUCUAUGUUUCACUCAAAUUUAUAUGUUUGGAGGAAAAAAGCCUUUUUUUGUAAAAUAUUUAAAUUUAUAUAAGAAAAUGUUAGAAAAAAAUAUGAAGAGUGUAUAUAAAACUUGCUUUAUUGCAUGGGGCAGGGGAAGUCCAGGCCUAAUACUCUUAAAGUAAGAGUUGGGUCCUUUUUUCUUCAAUACAACUGUGCUGUACCUUGUAAAGUAUUUUAUCAUCUGCUGCUUAUUUGUGGAAUGAAACCUCAAACAAACCCAAAGGGGGAGGGUAGGGCAGGGCAGGCAGAUCAGAAAUCUGCCUGCAGAUUCUAUUAAAUACACCCUUUUGCCAACCACAA